UUGCACACAGAAAAUAGAAAACAGCAUGGCCGUUCGCAUAGAAAAUUAAUAUCAGUUUUUACAUUAAAUUACUAAUCUGUGCUUGUAAAUAACUCCGCGAUGUCGGAAGAUAUGUUCUAUUGUUCAUUUGUGAGUAUUCACUACAUUAUCUGUGAAUGUGGAGAAACAUUUCCAACGGAAGACGAAUUGAAAUCCCAUCUUGAAAGAGACCACGCAUUGAAAAAAGAACGCAAAGAAUAUAAAUGUGGCGUUUGUGAACAAAUCUACAGCACGGAACAGGCCUGCAUCGAGCACUAUGAGAGCUCCCACAUUGAGAUCGAUGAGAUCAAGCAGGAGCAUGAUUACGUGGAGACGGAGGAGAACGAGGAGUGCGCUGAAGCCACCGAGAUAAUAUACGAAGAAAUAAUAGAGGAACCGGAAGUGACGGAGGAAGUCGAGCCUAUAGCUAAGCCUAAGAAAGAGAGAAAGUCGAAAUCUCACUACAAUGCUAAGAACAUUGUAUGUGAGGUCUGCGGGAAGAGAUAUGCUUCUAACGCAGCUUUGAAGUACCACCAGCGAGUACACACGGGUGAACGUCCGUACCAAUGCACGGAAUGCACCAAGAGUUUCACUAUGCCUCUGUUUUUACAGAUUCACAUGCGGACUCACACGGGGGAGCGUCCAUAUGAAUGUUACUUGUGUCCAAAGGCUUUCAGUAAUAAAGCAGCCUUACUUAGACAUGAUCGAGUACACACAGGAGUAAAACCCUACGAGUGUCCGGAAUGUGGUAAAUUCUUCACUCAGUCCAACUCUAUGAAACUACACGUCAAUACGGUGCAUCUGAAAAUGCCUGCUCCGUACAAGAGCAAGUCGAGAAGGAAUAAAGCGAGAGAGAGAGAGAUGCUGAGGAGAGCUAUCAUCACUUCUUUGGAUGGAGAGGAAACUGCUGCCGUGGAAAGCAUAAGUCAGCCAACGAAAUCGGAUGCGGAAGUACAUUUCAUAAAGCCAAGCGAACAAGUCACAAUAUUCAAACAGGAGGUUGAAGAAGCAGAGAUAUUAUACGAAGAUGUCGACUCUAGAGAAAUUACUUACGAAGUGGUCUACGAAGAGUAACUUGUCAAAUAAGUUUACCAGUCUUAAGUUAGCUACAGAGAACAAAAUUAUUAGCGGAGAUGUCAUAACGUUUGCCGGGGCUGCGACACUGUUCGCGCUCAUUACCGCGGCGCUGGUACAUGGCGGGCUUCAGAAGGAACAUGGCGGGGUAUAGUCAGUACGAGUCUGACACUCCCGAGCACUGCACCCAUAGCGAGAGCCGUCAUUUGAUGAUUUCCCAUCAAAAAGACGUCAUAACGGAAAAUCAGAUGGCCGAUGGGGCCGAAAAGUGCUGGAGUGGAGACCACGGACUAGCGAGCGCAGCGUAGGACGUCCACCAACGAGGUGGACAGACGACCUCAUAAAGGUCGCCGUCGACGCUGGAUGCAGGUCGCCUCCAACAGGUAUCUGUGGAGAUCUAAGGGGCAGGCCUAUGUUCAGCAGUGGACGUCCGCCGGCUGAGAUGAUGAUGAUGAUGAUGAUGAUGAUGAACGGAAAAUCUAAGAAAGUAACGCGACGACAUGCGGGGGACGAGGAAUGUUACUAGCGCAGCACCAACACCUAUGGAACCUGUCCUUUUUCACAAUAAAAUCAUCAACCAAUCAAGGGCCAAGCUUUGAUUAAAUUUUGAUUUGACUAGUACUUGCCUACGAUACGUUGCUUGAGCUACAAGAAGGCGCCUGACCUACAUGCCUUAUGACAUCUUUUUUUUUUAACGACGUCAAAAAUCAUCAAAUGCCCCCUCCCGCUGUGGGAGAGGGGGCAUUUGUUGUGUGUGGGUGUUAGCAGCGGUGAGGGAGUGUCAGACUCUUACUGACUAAAAACCGUCGUGUUCCGUCGUAGGCCGCGUAUGUACCAGAAUCGCGGUAACUCUUUCGAACAACCCGCAGCCCCGAUGCCUUAUGACAUCUCCGCUAUAUUUCCUUCCUCUGUGAGCUGUACCUAUUCAGAUGAAAAUUGGUUGAGAAUUAUCUUAAAACCAGGAGACGGAUAUAGAUACUUUUUACCCGGAUACGGGAAGUAGUUCCCGUAGCAACGCGAGAACUAUACUUCAUUUGAGUAGGCACUUAAACGCUCAGGCUCCGAAACUACAGAAAAUAUUUGAACUAUCUUUUCACUGUUGGGGCGCUACACUCUUCCCGAGUAACAUAGGCUAUAUUUUAUCCCGGUACGGGCAGUAGUUCCCACGGGACGCGGGUGAAACCGCAGGCAAAAACUAGCUUGGAGUAUAACUAACUGUCAACGGAUUUUUAUUUUUUUCGGGUAAAAAUGAAAUGAACUUUUAGAAUCAACUAAAAAUAUAAGAAAUAUGUUGUAUUUCCAUGUAAAGGCUAUUUAUAUUUAAUACUGUAUAGAUAUGUAGCAGUAAUUUCAAUUUAGUUUUAUUUAAAAAUUAAGUUCUUAUUAUGUACUUUUAACUGAAUAAAGAGAUUUUUUUCGUCAA